AUGAUCUCUGCUAGUAGAAGGGUAAAUAUCAAAAGAGCGUUGGCUACACAUGCCAGAUUCCCUUCAGUGCCAGCAGAAUGGCAAUCUAGGGCUCCCCCAUACGCUAAGAUGUUGAAGAAUUUAUCAAAAGUGAAAGAGAUCACUAACCAAUCACCUUUGACCUUGGCUGAGAAGAUUCUAUAUUCGCAUUUGUGUGAUCCUGAGGACUCAAUCACCUCGUCUAACUUGGAAGAUAUCCGCGGCAAGCAGUAUUUAAAACUGAAUCCGGAUCGUGUUGCCAUGCAAGAUGCAUCCGCUCAAAUGGCGCUUCUACAAUUUAUGACUACCGGUCUAUCUAAAACAUUUGUUCCAGCUUCAAUCCACUGUGACCAUUUGAUCGUUGGUAAAGAAGGUGAAGAGAAGGAUUUAAAGUCGUCAAUUGCCACCAAUAAAGAGGUCUUUGAUUUCCUGCAAAGUUGUGGUAGAAAGUAUGGUAUUCAAUUUUGGGGACCAGGAUCAGGAAUUAUCCAUCAAAUCGUGCUUGAAAAUUUCUCAGCACCAGGUUUAAUGAUGCUUGGUACAGAUUCUCAUACCCCAAAUGCGGGUGGUCUAGGGGCUAUUGCCAUUGGUGUUGGUGGUGCUGAUGCGGUUGAUGCUUUAACUGGUACACCAUGGGAACUUAAAGCUCCAAAAAUCCUUGGUGUCAAAUUAACUGGUCAAUUGAAUGGUUGGACCUCUUCAAAAGAUGUUAUCACUAAGAUUGCAGGACUUUUAACAGUUAGAGGUGGUACAGGAUAUAUCGUCGAAUAUUUUGGCGAAGGUGUCUCAACUUUAUCAUGCACAGGUAUGGCAACAAUAUGUAAUAUGGGUGCUGAAAUCGGUGCUACUACUUCCACCUUCCCUUAUCAAGAGGCUCAUAGAUUGUAUUUGCAAGCAACCGGUAGAGGUAUCCUAGCAGAGCAAGCCGAUGUUGCGUUAAAGCAAUAUGGACUUUUGAAAGCUGACGAAAACGCACAGUAUGAUAAAGUGAUUGAAAUUAAUCUUUCAGAACUUGAACCACAUGUCAAUGGGCCAUUCACACCAGAUUUAUCAACACCAAUAUCCAAUUUCGGUGAAAAGAGCUUGAAAGAAAAAUGGCCACAAAAAAUUUCAGCAGGUUUAAUCGGUUCGUGUACAAAUUCUUCUUACCAAGAUAUGACUCGUGCAGCUGAAUUGGUUGAACAAGCGGCAAAAGCUGGAUUAAAACCACGUAUUCCAUUUUUUGUUACACCCGGUUCUGAACAAAUUAGAGCCACGUUAGAAAGAGAUGGGUUGAUCAAAACUUUCACUGAUAAUGGAGCUAUAGUCUUGGCGAAUGCGUGUGGUCCAUGUAUUGGUCAAUGGAAUAGAGUCGAUGUCUCGAAGACUUCGAAUGAAACUAACUCAAUUUUCACCUCUUUCAAUAGAAAUUUUAGAGCAAGAAACGAUGGUAACAGAAAUACAAUGAAUUUUUUAACAUCCCCAGAAAUGGUCACAGCCAUGAUUUACUCUAGUGAUGCUCAAUUCGAUCCGACCAAGGACAGCAUAAAAUUGGAAAAUGGCGAAGAAUUCAAGUUCACUCCACCAAAGGGAUUGGAUUUACCAGCAAAAGGGUUCGAGCAUGGAAGGAAUAAGUUCUAUCCUGAAAUCGAUCCUAAACCGCAAAGUAACGUGGAAGUUAAAGUUUCCCCAGAAUCGGACCGUUUACAACUUUUAGAACCCUUUAAAGCUUGGGAUGGUAAGGAGAUUAAAACAAGUGUUUUGAUGAAAGUUGAAGGAAAAUGUACCACAGAUCAUAUAUCUGCUGCUGGUGUAUGGUUAAAAUAUAAAGGGCACUUAGAAAACAUUUCUUACAAUACGCUAAUUGGUGCACAAAAUAAGGAAACUGGUGAGGUAAAUAAAGCGUAUGAUUUAGAUAGCACUGCUUAUGAUAUCCCUGAAUUAAUGAUUAAAUGGAAGAAUGAAGGUAGACCCUGGGUGGUAGUUGCUGAGCAUAACUAUGGAGAAGGUUCGGCAAGAGAACAUGCCGCAUUGUCGCCAAGGUUUUUAGGUGGACAAAUGAUUUUAGUUAAGUCAUUUGCUAGAAUUCAUGAAACUAACUUAAAGAAGCAAGGAGUUUUGCCAGUUACUUUCGAAAAUGAAGCCGAUUACGAUAAAAUAUCAUCAGGAGAUAUACUUGAGACUGUUAACUUGGUUGAUAUGGUCGCGAAAAAUGGUAAUAAUGGUGGAACUUUGGAUGUUAAGGUUACGAAAAAAAAUGGAGACAAUUUCAUAAUUAAGGUUAAACAUACAAUGUCUAAAGACCAAAUCGACUUUUUCAAGGCAGGCUCAGCAAUCAAUCACAUUGGGAACUUACGUAGAGCCCAACAAUAG